AUGAUCGUGACCAGUCGGGUCGGAUCCGUCCGUUCGGCUCUCCCCCUGUCGCCUCCCACGCCUUCGCCGCGCGGUGACGACGACGACGACGACGACGACGACAUGGCGGGCCUGACUACGGCCUCACUCGUUGGCCUAUACGAACCCGAACCCGAAACGGAGCUCGACCAUGGCGUGUUCGCCGACCACCGACCCUCGAGCAGCAUGCCACGAUCGACGGCCUCUUCCUCCCGUCUGACGGCCUACCUGGGCCUCGAUCGCUCGGUGCGACCGAUCAACGCGGUGGCGCUCGCCAGCUCGACGCUGCUGUCCAUCACGCUGCUCGUCUUCCUGAACGCCUCGCAACCGUUCCUGCUCGACCUGCUCGACGUACCCAACGCCGGACGGAUGACGGGCCAGCUCGUGCUCGCGGAUGAGCUCGUCGCGCUCGGCUGCUACAGCGUGUGGGGGUUCAUUUCCGACCGGAUAGGGGUACGGUGGGUCGCUGUGGCAGGCCAUGCACUGUGCGGCGUCGCAUUGGUGGCCUACGUCAACGUCCCCUUGUCUGUCCUCAUAAUCGCUCGAAUGCUGUUCGCGGUCGGGGCCAGCGCUCUCGUCACCGCGCUCAGUGCAGCGCUCUCCUCGAUGACGGCUUUGCCCGAGUCCGAGUCCGAAUCCGACAUCGGGACCGGUCAAGACGGCGAUGUACGCACGUCUUCUCCCCAUGGUCACUCCCAACCCACAUCUUCCAAUCAAACGGGAUUGUCGAACGAGCACUCCCGUCUGUUGGCGACGUCGAGUGAGCGAGCGACGACCAGCGCAGCAAACAAGUCAGCUCGGUUUGCCGGGCUGCUCGGAUUCUCCUCGGGGUUGGGUGCAUUGUUGGCAGGUACGCGCAACCCUCGGUGCCAAAAUUCGCAUCCUCAAACUUUCGCGGCGAGUGCAGAGACUAACGCCCUCGUGCUCGUCCUCUUCUGCAUGUUACCCGGGUGAUGCUCUCAGUCUUCGUUUUGCUCCCUCUACCGGCCCAAAUAUCGGCUCGAUUCGCCAAUGUUUCGCUACGAGCUGCUCUCAGAUACACCUAUUAUCUCACUGCUGCCUUAGCCUUCGUCGAGAGUCUGUUUCUCAUCGUCGGUCUCAACAGACCGUCGACAGUCGCACCGAUUAAGAGUCGCGAAAGGCAAGCAAACUCGACGCUCCGGGACAAGAGCAUCGCUACCCUCAAAGAAAUGUCGCUCGGCGUCCGAAUUGCUCGUCAAGAGCCUCGCAUAGCUUUAGGCUACCUGGUAUCGUUCACGGUAAGUGCGAUGCGCUCGCCCACAAAGCCGCUCGUGGCAUUGUUGCGUACUGACAUGUGGCGCUCCACCACCCCUCGUGCAGUCUCGCGCGAGCGCGACAAUCGUCACGGGUUUCAUCCCUCUUUUGAUCAACCACGUUAGUGCUGCUGCUUUUGUUUCAGACCCACCUGACCGAUUUGACUCAUUGCUCGAACUCAUUUACAGUACUUUGUCUCCAAUGGGCUCUGCUCCACGCCAUCGUCAGCGUUAGACGUCCCGACACCUAGCAAUCCGCCCUUUGAAGUCUGUCGACGAGCCUUGAUAUUGGCUUCGAUCCUGACGGGCGUAGUUCAAUUGGUCUCCCUCCUCUGCUCGCCCCUCGUCGGCUUCCUCGCUUCGUCAUUAUCGUUCACACUGCUGCUCGCCUUGACCUCGACCCUCGGAACAGUCGCUUUCAUAGGCUGGUCCUUCUUGCCCCAUCACGGCGACCCUCGCGGCCCGGUGCCCAUCGUCUAUGCGAUCCUAGCCGGCAUAUCACAGAUUGGCGGGAUCGUCAUCUCGCUCGCUCUAGUGGCUCAGGCCCGUGGCACCUUGGUCCAAAAGCAAGGCAAGGAAGUCGCAGGAGUGAUCGCGGCUGCGUAUUCCGUGUCGGGCGGGUUGGGCAUCCUGCUCGUCGGGACUUCGGCCGGCUGGCUGUUCGAUGCUUGGAAAGGCGCACCUUUCGCCAUUGUGGCAGUCGUCAACGGUGUCACCGCGGUGGCGGCCCUUACCGUCUGGAGAGGGGAAAACCGAGGCCGGGCCAAUGUUCGUUUAGAGUGA